UGGACGCCAUUAAGUGUGCGCGACAGUGCGCGUGUUAUUGUAUUCUACUUGUUAGAAAAAUUGAUUUCAAACACUGCCGGCAAGAAAAUAAGACACAUUAAAAUGUCGCAAGUCAAAACGCGAAAUACGACAUGUUGUCCUGUGUUUGGUUUACCGGAGAAGUUACCAUUGUCUCAAUUACCGACUUAUAAUGCUGUAAUGAAGAAUUACUUAUUUAUUAAAUAUGAAUUAAAGCCUGACAAAACAACAAAAGAACCGACAGUUCAUGAUAUAUCCGAAAGAUUGACUACGGAAAUUUUAGAUAUAUGGCGUAAAGCAUCGCUUCCUACUGUCAGCUUUAAGAGAGUUCUUAAACUUAUUCGAACUUACCAUGACAAAUAUAGAGGAUUACUAAAACCUUAUCAAGGCCGUAAAAUGAAUAAGAAAUAUCAACAGAAGAUAGCUGAAUUUGUAACUGAGUCCCAAAGGUUAUUUGAUGUUUGCAGUUGCAAAUGUAAACUUAUCUCAGAGUGUACUUGCUCAAAAGAUAACCGUGUUCCCAGGGAAGAAGUGUCUUUUUUACUUGAUCAAAGAACAACAAGAAAAAUGAUGAUAGGCGGUGUAGAUUUGGUUGCGACUGAAAAAAAUAUAAAAAAAUUCAAAAGACAUGAAAAAGAAUUACUACGUAAGAAAGAAAUAGUGGAUACUAACCAACCGUCUUGUUCUCGUUCUUUACCUGAUAACUUAACGAUCGAAAGCGCCAGUUCAAGCAAUAAUAGCGUAGCUUCUAGUCCUUAUCAAUCGCCUAAACAAACAGCUGCUCCGCCAACAAAGAAAAAGAGAUUAAAUUUACCAUCAUUAGCCCUCGCCUGCGAUCGUACGGGGGUCUCUGAUAGAGCAGCUGCUAUUAUAGCUUCUUCAGUGUUAAAAGAUGUUGGAAUUAUUACAUCAAAGGAUCCAAGUGCUGUUAUUGAUCGUUCAAAGUUACGACGUGAAAGAACGAAAGUCAGAUCAGCUUUACACGAUGCAGAUCGCAAUAAAAGUAUACGCGGUAUUUAUUUUGAUGGCAGAAAAGAUAAGACUUUGGUUAAUAUUCAGAAGGAAGGCAAAUUUUAUAGAAAAAGAGUAAUAGAAGAUCAUUAUGUGAUUUUAUCAGAACCAGGAAGUGAUUAUUUCGGGCAUGUUACGUGUGAGUUGGGAACUGCUAGAGGUAUUGAAAGUAGCAUAAUAAACCAUUUAAGAACAAAAUCGGUGGAAUUGGAUAAAAUAGUUGUUGUUGGUUGCGAUGGUACAGUCGUGAAUACAGGUUUCAAAGGAGGUGUUGUUCGUUUUAUGGAAGAAGAGCUUAACAAACCAUUACAAUGGUUUGUCUGCCAGUUACAUUCAAAUGAGUUACCAUUGCGACAUCUUUUAUUACAUUUGGAUGGAAAAACUACAGGGCCUAAAUGCUUUUCAGGUCCUAUUGGAUCCGAAUUACAAAAAUGUGAAUCAAUGCCAAUUGUUCAAUUUACCACCAUUCCCUCCAUAUUACCCGAAGUCACUAGAAAUGAGUUGAGCACUGACCAAAAAUAUCUAUACGAUGUGAUGACAGCUAUCAGUACUGGCAGUUUUUCCCUUAAUUUAGCUAAUAUUGCACCUGGACCUCUUAACCAUUCUAGAUGGCUUACAACAGCAAAUAGAAUCUUAAGAUUAUAUGCUACCAAAACAGACCCCGAAGAAAACUUAGUGAUAUUAGCCACGUUCGUAAUGAGAGUUUAUGGUCCAAUGUGGUUCACAAUAAAAUGUAAUCCCUCAUGUACAAACGGAGCUAAGCAUCUGUGGCAAACUAUUGCCCUUUCUCGGUAUUUGAAUGCACCUUUGAAGAAAAUCCUAGAUAAGGUAAUCCAACGAAAUGGAUAUUUUGGUCAUCCAGAAAACAUUCUUAUUGCUAUGCUUGGAGACAACAGAGAAAUUAUACGUAAACUAGCAUAUCAACGAAUUUUAAAAGCAGGAGCAGAGAAAACUUUAAGGCUUCGAACAUUUAAAGUGCCUUCUUUAAAUUUCGAUGCUAAAGAUUACACCGACCUAAUUACGUGGCAAGACUGUAAGAUAACUGAUCCACCUCUGACUUCCAAUUUAUCUGAUGAAGCCUUGAAAGAGAUUGUUAAAAGCGGUUUGACUACAUGUCAGGAUAUAAAAGAUUUUCCAUGCCACACCCAAGCCGUAGAGCGCUGUAUCAAAUUGGUGACAGAAGCUUCAAGUGCAGUUUGUGGAGAAAAUAAACGAGACGGUUUCAUAAGAGCAAGACUAUUAUCACGUCGGCAAAUGCCUAAUUUUGAAACAAAAAACCAAUUUAAUAAUUGA